AUGUCGCCUAUCUUUGAUAUUGCAACUCGAGCUUUAGUUGUAGCCUACAAGGCUGAUGGCAAGACAAACCUAGAGAUUAUGGGUCUGACUGGUAUUGAAAAGCGCACAAUUAACAGGAUCUAUGCCCGGGCAAUUGAGAGAGGCUUUGAUCCUAGUGAAAGGCCUCUUGUGCUGCUGAACAAGUACCUUGAAGACGCUCCACGCUCUGGGAGACCUUCUAAACAGCAAGAAGCUUACAAGAAGGUUGUGGAUCUUCAAGGAUGGAUGGGAUAUAUCAGCUGCAACGGUGUGGAGAGUACUCAGGAGAGCUGGAUUCAAGAAGACAAAGCCAACAAGGAAGCCUGGACUGACGAAGAAGAUGAGAAAGGAGAGGCUAGAGUGGUGUCUUGA